AUGAGGGGAAUUUUUCUAGUUCUAUUUUUUAUCAUAAGUUUGUCAGAUGCUACUAGCUUCCUUCAUACCGAAAUUGAAGAUGAUGUGGAGACAGAAAUUAGUGAUUGGAGCGAAGCAAAAACAGAUGGAAAGCUGAGACUAAUCACAUUUCUAGUUGGUAUAGAUUCUGCUGUGACAAGAUACUACAAUUACGACGAGGCCAGAAUACGAUCCGCUUUGAUAGUCCUUAUGCACACAGUAAAUCAAUACUUCUACCCUCUCAACAUUCGCCUCUCGAUAAUAGACAUUCUGCCAGUGAAAGGAACAAGUAUGGGACUAGACGAUUUCACAGCAUGGAAAAAAGAGCAAAGGAAUUUGAUAGAGCACGACGUGACGGUUUUGUUGAGGCAUAAUUAUGAAGGAGGGAUCGCCUAUUCGAAUGGGAUGUGUUCAAAGAACAGUUUGAUGAUUUCCGGGUUUUUUCCGGAAGCCACGAUGAACAACGCGUGGGUUUUCAUGCAUCAAUUGGCUCAUGUGAUUGGAUUAACUCAUCAUCAAAAAUCGAAAUGCAAAUGCAAAUUUGCUAAGGAUGGAAAAUGCUUAAAACUGCGCGGUUUCCCCGAAUGCAGUGUUCAAGAAAUGGUGGAUAGAUUAUCAAAUCACACUUGCAUACCACCUCAAAUAGCAAGCUUCUCAUCAAAUGCGCUGGUUCCAAAGAAAGGAUCACUUCCAGUUUGUGGAAAUGGGUUACAGGAAGAUGAGGAGGAAUGCGAUUGUGGUCCGGAGAGAUUCUGUGACAACAUUCUGUGCGAUGCGGUCAAAUGUCGCUUCAUUGUCCAGAAAGCGUAUCUCACCAAUUUGAUUCCCAUGGGAUUUGCGAUCAUCGCGUUCAUCUUUGUGCUUUUGUUCUGCAAAUAUCUUGUAACGCCUGUUUUUGCAUCAUUGUUCCAGUCGUUGUCAUCAUUGAGAAUAAAUACGGAGGUUGGAGAUAAAAUUGCAGAAAACGAGCAGAAUUUGAAUGACGUCAAUGUCGAGCAGCAGGCGCCACAAAUAACAUCGAUUCUCACAAAACAAGCGUUCACCAGGCCAGCUAAAAUUUUCAUCAUUACCUCUGAAUACAUUGACAGCUACAGCCUUCAUACACUUGUAACCACUUCCAAUAAUCUUGUUAUUCAACAAGUCAUGAUCCCACAAACGCCGGGUAUAGUAACGUACGAUGCUCCUUAUUACAACUAUUAUCAUGCCUACUAUGACACUUAUAGAAGUUGGGCCAGCAGUACUUGUUAUUCUUUGAUCGGAUGUCAAGAGUGUAUGACAGUGACGCCAGCAGUUUUAGAGAACGUGGAUUCUUCUUCGGAUCAUGUCGAGACAACAGAAGAUCUGGAAAAGCCUUCUGAAAGUUUGCAUUCUGGAGAUUCUAAAAAUUCUGGAAGUAUAAUAAAUCCAAAUCCAGGACAGCUAUCCGCAGAACUAGUGACACCUAACAUCCUGACUCUCACCACAUCACCGACCGAAGAUUAUGAGUAUGAAAUCACUGCGGACCCGCCGGGAAUGAAAAUAGACAAGACACCCCUACUGGAUGAAGUGAGCGAGAAGUCUGUCAAUGACGAAGAUUUGAUAUAA